AUGCCUCAUUGUCUUAUCCGUGGUAUUUUAUCAACACAACGAUUAAUAUCCAAUGAAACUAAUUUAAAUGAUGUUGAAACAACACCUAAUACAAUUUAUGUAAAAAGUCUUUUAUCGUGCUCUAAUAAUCAACCAUAUUCAAUUGCAUUAAUAGAUUCUAUAUCAAUUUAUUUUGAUACAAUUCGAAAUCAUGUUGAAUUAACAUGUCAGUUUUCAAAAGGUGAUAUACGUGAUUUAUUACGUUUUAUAAUAAUUAUAUCAGAAAUAAUUUAUAUAAAUAUAUUUCAAAAAAAAAUCAUUUCUUAG